CCAGCUCUGUCAGAAGCUUACUUCGAGGUAUUGUGGAUUUUCAGAGCUAAGUGAGAAAAUGGCAUCCCUGGGUAAAUGUGUGAGUUUGUGUGAAAAAUUACGCAGUAAUAAAGUAGUCCGUGAAAAUAUGCAGUGGAUCUUUCUGGCCAUUACGGUGACGGGGUCCCUAUUGAAGGAGAUGCAGCUUCUCCCUGAUUGGUAUUUUAACAACACAAGGAAUGUCCUAAACGUGUACUUUGUCAAGCUUGCCUGGGGCUGGACGCUGGGGUUGCUGCUGCCCUUCAUUUCCAUCUCUAACUUUUACAUCUCUAAAAAAGAUCCCAUGUUCGUCCUGCAGCGCUUGAGUUCGCUUCUGGUUGGAACAGUGGUUUGGUACACUUGCACUCAUUUGUUUGUUUUUAUCGAAGACCUCACAGGUGCUUGUUAUGAAUCGAAGUCAAUGGACGUUAUCAAAAUGGACUACUCUUCUAUGUUAGAGUGUAAGAAGAGCGGCUUGUUCUGGCGUGGGUAUGAUAUCUCUGGGCACUCUUUCUUACUUGCAUAUUCAACUCUUAUAAUUCUGGAAGAAACAGCGUUGAUGAGUGACUUGAAGAACAUAAGCCAAAGACCCCCUGAGUCUGUUAGUGCCAUUGUUAGUGUGUUUUAUAUUGCUUUAAACAUGCUAGCAAUGACCUGGAUCUGGAUGUUCUUUUGUACCUCUGUAUACUUUCAUGACUUUACUCAUAAAAUCUGUGGGACAUCCUUUGGAAUAUUGGCGUGGUACAUGACUUACCAGAUUUGGUACCAGAAACCAUUUUCUCCAGGACUCCCCCUCACUAGUCAAGAAAGAAAAGUCAUGCCUAACCAAAGACGAUACUCUCAAAAUUCUGAUUAAUGAAUAAGUUGUCAAAAGUUUUUUUUGUUUGUUUGUUUUAUUGUUUAUUUGUCCAUGUUUUUUAUUUGCUUUACUGGGUCCAAGUCACAAAUGGAUUUAAUAGGUCUAUUUAUUUAGUAUUUCAGUGGUAGUGCCCUAUUCAUUUUAAUUCCUCAAUUUAUGGUCUGCCUGUUAUAAAACAACACAAAAUUGUCCUCUUGUGUAUUUCGUGUAUAGCGAUUUUCUGCCAAUUAAAUGUUUAUGUUGUCUACUUUUGCAGUGUGUUAUAAUACUGAAGAAUAAAGUGAUGCAGGUGCCUCUUUCUUUAAAAAAAAAAAAAUAAAAAAUUGUAAGUUUCUUCCACAGAUUUUUGGGAGAUAUUUUAUCUUGAUUCAUGGAAUUGGCAGUAGUUUUUUUUUUUUUUUUUUUUUUUUUUUUUUGUCUGUUCAAAUGUUACAGCUAAGAACACUUGAUAAACUACAUGCUAACACCUUCAUUUAGAAAUAACAAAGUAUUUUAUGCUUGAAAUAUAGAAUGCUGCUGUAACUAUGAUUAGAAUAGAACUGCAUGUGUGUGUGUGUGUCUAUCUAUAUAUCUAUCUAUCUAUAAGUUAUGAAACAAUUUAUAUUUUAGUUCACUCUCAAUUAAAAUAGAUACAUAUUUGCUUAAGCUUUUGUAAUGUGUUUUAUUGACAUGAUUAAAAAUACAGAACAAACUGAUUACAACAAUCGAGUGAGCUGGCUUCAUUUCUGUUUGAAAUGCCCAUGGGAUGUUUUAAAAAAAAAAAAAAAAAGGUUUACUUGGCAUUAAACUAGUUUUGAUAAUGGA